AUGGCCGCGGGGGCCGCGCGGAGGCUGCACGCCAGGAUGGAGGCUUCCUGUUUGGAGUUAGCCCUUGAAGGAGAACGUUCCUGCAAAGCUGAGGAUUUCAGAGCUGGUGUGGCCUUCUUUGAAGCAGCGGUGCAGGUGGGCACGGAAGACCUGAAGACACUGAGUGCCAUCUACAGCCAGCUGGGGAAUGCCUACUUCUACUUGAAGGAGUACGCCAAAGCUCUUGAGUACCAUAAGCAUGAUCUCACACUAGCGAGAACAAUUGGGGAUCGCACCGGAGAGGCCAAAGCCAGCGGCAACCUAGGAAACACGCUCAAAAUCCUCGGACGGUUUGAUGAAGCCAUUGCCUGUUGCAAGAGGCACCUGGAGAUUUCUCAGGAGGAAGGGGACAAGGUAGGGGAGGCCAGAGCUCAAUACAACAUUGGCAACGUGCACCACGCUAAAGGGAAGCAGCUGUCCUGGAGUCUGCCACAGGAGCCCGGGCGCCUGCCUCAGGAGGUCGAGGAGUCCUUGGAAAAGGCAUCCGAAUUUUAUUUGAGGAACCUGUCUCUGGUGAAGGAGCUGGGAGACAGAGCUGCUCAAGGCCGGGCCUAUGGCAACCUGGGCAACACUCAGUAUUUGUUGGGCAACUUCAGCAAAGCUGUCGUGUUCCAUAAACAGAGACUUGCCAUUGCCAAGGAGUUUGGGGACAAGGCAGCUGAGCGGAGAGCCUGCAGCAAUUUGGGCAACGCCCACAUCUUCCUGGGAAGGUUUGACAUCGCUGCUGAGUACUACAAGAAAACUCUCCAGCUCUCCAGACAGCUGAAGGACCAGGCCAUGGAGGCUCAGUCGUGCUACAGCCUCGGGAACACCUACACCCUCCUCCAGGACUACCAGAGAGCUGUAGAAUACCACCUGAAGCACUUGGCAAUUGCCCAGGAGCUGGAGGAUAGAGUGGGAGAAGGCAGAGCCUGCUGGAGCUUAGAAAAUGCCUACGCCUCCAUGGGGAGCCUUGAACAAGCCAUGCACUUUGCAGAGAGACAUCUGGAAAUCUCCCAGGAGAUUGGCGACCACAGUGGGGAGAGAACUGCUCAGAUGAACAUGGCACACCUGAAGUCUCUCUUGGGCUUGCAGCCAGGCGAGGAUGAACAGGGCAGGCCUGCUGGUUGCACCGGCUAUGAAGCGCAAGGGGCCCGACCAAAGAAUAGCUGGAGGAAGAGCAUGAGCAGCGCUGGAAAGGACCAGAAUGGAGAAAGUCACCCCGUGACAGAUUUGUCCCUGCCUGCCAGAUCCAGUAAAUGCAGGGAAAGCCAAACCAUUCUUGAAGCCAAACCUCCAGUGUCUCGCAGUUUCCCACUGGAAGCCAGUGGUGUCCAGGUCCGGUUGAAGCUCAAGCGGGCCUCUUCGGAAGAGGAGUGCUUCUUUGACUUGCUGAGCAAAUUCCAGAGCAACCGAAUGGAUGACCAACGCUGCCCCCUGGAGGAAGGCCAGAAGGAGACUGGGGAAGCUGCCUCCACCCCACUGCCUGUCCGGGAAGAGAGACUAUCCCAGUCCUCCUCCUCCUCCAUGGCUUCUCCACAGACGGAAGAGCUCUUCGACCUCAUCUCCAGCUCCCAGAGCCGGCGACUGGAUGACCAGCGUGCCAGUGUGGGCAGCCUGCCCGGCCUGCGCAUCACACACAACAACCUUGGCCACCUGCGCAUGGAGGGCGAAGCUCAGGAGCCGGGCGACGAGUUCUUCAACAUGCUCCUCAAAUGCCAGUCAUCCCGCCUCGAGGACCAGCGGUGCACUCCCCCCGGCUCCAUCCCCCCUGGCCCCACGAUGCCGAUGCCGGAUGAGGACUUCUUCAGCCUCAUCCAGCGUGUUCAGGCCAAGCGCCUGGAUGAGCAGAGGGUGGACCUGGCCUCAGCCCACGAGGAGGAGGAGGAGCCGCUGCCGCAGAGGCCCAGCCCCAGCUAA